ACAGAAUCCCCAACAAGGUGGGGGUCCCGUGUCAAAAUGAUGGAAAGGGUGUUGGAGCAGGAGAAGGCCAUCACUCAAGUCCUGGCAGCAGACCAAAAGUCACGCCACCUUCUACCCACCUGGCAAGACAUUGAUGUGUUGGAGGCCAUAACCAAAGCACUGAAGCCUCUGCAAGAUUUUACAGAUGCCCUGUCAGGAGAGGAGUAUGUUAGUGUCUCCUAUGUUAAGCCAGUCCUCCAUCUACUCAAUACAAACAUUUUGAAGCCUGAAGAAGACAAAGCAGGACUGUGCGAGGACAUCAAGAAGAGGGUCUUGGAUUAUUUGAAUGAAAAAUACAAAGAUCCUGCCACUGAUGAGCUGCUCACCAUGGCAACAUUCCUGGACCCACGGUUCAAGACCACCUACAUGUCACCUGAAAAGUUGGAGGAAGUGAGGAGCAGAGUAGCUACAGAAACCAAAGCACUGGAGGAGAAGACAGCCACAGGUGCCUCUUCCACAGAGGACCAAAGCGAGAGGGAAACUAGCACUGCUCCUGUACAACUGAAAAAGCCCAAACACAGCCUGGGCAGUUUCUUCAAAAAGUGUAGCAGUGCACCACCAAAGCAGCAGGGCAUUGACAUGGAGCUAGAUGGCUACCUGCUGAUGGUGACGGCUGACAGUGACUCUGAUCCACUGGAGUGGUGGCGUCUCCAAUGUUCCCACUUCCCGCGCAUUAGCCGUCUGGCAAAAAAAUACUUAUGCAUCCCAGCCACAAGCUCACCCUCCGAGCGUGCAUUCAGCACAGGGGGCAAUAUUGUAACAAGCUCCAGGGCAUCACUGAAGCCAGAAAAUGUUGACAGGAGGCACCAUUGAAGUCCACAAUAUGGAGAACAUUGCAGAAAUGUUUUCUUCAAAAAACAUAAUGUCUUAUCGACUGAAGAAAGAAAGACAUGAACAUCUUGAAUGACAACAGGCUGAGUAAAUUAUCUUUUGAUCUGGAAGUGAAGUUCUCCUUUAAUCAAAUCAUCACUUGUGUUGC